GAAGCAUAGUGCCUUUAUCUUUUCCUAAACUAGGAACGACAGCGGCUGGAGACGAUCCUCAAUCUGUGUGCAGAAUACUCCAAGUCUGACAGUGACCCUGCUGCAACUACAACAGUUGCUGAUGUUCAGAAAAUUAACAAAGAACUUGAAAAGCUUCAGCUAUCAGAUGAGGACUCAGUAUUUGAAGACUCGCAGACGAAUCUAGAAACGCAGUUUAGAAACCACCUGAAAUCGUCUGCAAGUGAUUCGGAUUUCUCAGAGCCAAGUAACCACAGUCGCAGCACUGCUUCUUUCCUUUCCUCCCGGGGGCUGAGAGCUGAUGAGCACUUCAACGAAAACAUGAAGCCUUCAUCAUUAGCUACCCCUGGCUUCCUGAAGGAUUCCACUGAGUCUUCGUAUCUAAGCAUCACGCCAAAGAUACCAGAAUGCACAAGUGAUGAUCAAAGAGGCCAGGAGCUCACUCGACUAGAAGAGGAGCGCAUAGUAAUAUUAAAUAACUUGGAAGAACUUGAACAGAAGAUCAAAGAUUUAAAUGACCAGAUGGAUGAAUCCUCAAGAGAGCUGGAUAUGGAAUGUGCCCUUUUGGAUGGAGAACAGAAAUCUGAAACAACAGAGCUGCUGAAAGAGAAGGAAAUACUGGAUCAUCUAAACAGAAAAAUAGCUGAGCUGGAGAGGAAUGUUAUUGGUGAAAAGGCAAAGGAAAAAUUAAAACUUGAUGCUGAGAGGGAAAAACUAGAGAGGCUUCAGGAGCUUUACUCCGAGCAGAAGACGCAGCUUGAUAAUUGCCCUGAGUCCAUGAGGGAACAAUUACAGCAGCAGCUGAAGAGGGUCAGUAGCCAGUUUCAAGAUUAACUUUUUUGUUGUUGA